AUGCCACCCUCCGAGCCUCUUCUUGCCGGCGGCCAUGCGCGAGCCAACGGCCCCGUGAUUGUUCCACCAAAAACCUCGGUUUCGCCCGAAGAACCUCCCAAGCUAGGCUCUCGGCAAUCUUCUGGGGAUAGCAAGGAUAGCGGCUUCAACUUCGACGCCAAAUCCCAGCCUGAAGUCGGUUCUCUCCGAAGCGAUGGCGCCGCAAGCUCUACCAGUGCUAGGAGUCGCUUUUUCCGCGAGAACCUCAACCUGGCCGGCGGCAGCGGCAAGCGAUCCAACUCGACAAGUCCGUUUCGCAUAUCGAUGCCUUUCAUCACACCGGGCCAGCUCGCCUUCUCGACUAUGCAAUAUCUACCAGUGCCGUUGCUGGUUUUGAAUAAUCUGAAGACGGUCGUGCUUGCCAAUGAGGCGAUGGGCAGGAUGCUCGGCAUGAAUUCGGACGCUUCCGAGGAUACCCAUUCUUAUAUUGCUGAGAGGUUGAGAGGGCAGUCACUUUCUCAGGUUGGAAUCGACAUGAUUCAAGAGGGACGCCCCGUUUGGGUUGGAUGGGAAGCUUUCUUGGACUCACUUGUGUUAGAGAUGGGUGCGAGGCAGACCUCCAAGGACGCGGCAGACAUGUUCGGCCAGGGUGGGGAAGCCACCCCGACCGCAGGCUCGCUGGCCCCGCCGAUACCUGAUCACGCAUCAAGCACCCCGACUGUCAAGGACGCAGUGGUGGAUGUCAUCAUCUCCAGGAAGGAACUUGGAAAGCCUGGAUUUGACCCACGGAGCAAAGGUGGAGCGUCUGAUCAUCAAGUUUACGCCAAGAUGAUUGUAACAAUAUGGGAGAUUGAAGAGCACCAGGUCUACUUCACGCUCACAUUUACGAGCUCUCAAUCGCCGCCGUCAACUCUCAUCUCGAGCCGCAAAUCCACGACAAGGCCGAACAUACUCGAACAAGCGGAUCGUAAAACCAUAUCAAAUUCAAACCCGCCAUCAGUGAGCUCCAGUCACGACUCCAGCUCUCCUUCAUUCCGUGUCAGCCCUAGUGCGGUGUCACUAUCGUCGAGCCCGUUUCCACCGAUGGGUCCACCCUCAACAGCAGCCCACGCGAGCACCCCGUCGAUUUUGCAGAAGAUGAUUCUCAUGAAGGAUGCUCUUCUCGAUAAUACAACGAUGCCGAUUCUUGCGAUGUGGAAAGAUGGUAGUGUGACGUUUCCAAACAAGGCAGCACGCAGCCUUUUGCGCCAAGAGAACGACUUGGAGCGAUCUGCUGACGGCUUCGACCUGCUGCCAAGCUGGACCAUUUAUAACUCGGAAUUUACCAGAGAAUUAGACGUCAGCGAAUACCCCAUUUCGAUACUACUUCGAACCGAAACACCGUUCAGCAACAUGCGCGUGGGGAUGAUGGAGGAGAAGACUGGAAAGAGGACAGUCUACGAUGCCCUGGGAGAAGCUAUUAGGGAUGAUGCCACCGGGGAGUUUCUUGCCGGUGUGGUGACAUUCCGGGACGUAACAAAGAUGACUGAAGAAAUCACCGAGAUUAAGGAACGGGACGAGGAGCGGUUCAAAUUGAUCUGCGAUACAAUGCCUCAAUUGGUUUGGACGACCAGACCUGACGGUUUUCACGACUUUUUCAACACCCGAUGGUACACGUACACGGGCCUGACACCCGAGGAAUCGCUGGGCCUCGGUUGGAAGCACCCGUUUCACCCAGAUGACAUGCCUGAAACUGUCAAAAGGUGGAAGCACUCACUCGCCACUGGAGAUCCAUAUGUCACCGAGUACAGGUGCCGCAGCAAGACUGGGGAAUGGAGAUGGAUGCUGGGCCGUGCUCUGCCGUUAAAGAAUAAGGAGACCGGCAAAAUUGAAAAGUGGUUCGGAACUUGUACCGACGUGAACGAGGGCAUCGAAGCAAAGCUGACUGCCAGACGUACCCGGCAGCAGCUCUUGAGUGUUCUCGCACAUUCACAAGUAACCAUCUUCACGGUUGACACAAGCCGCAAACUCACAAUGCUGGAGGGUGCCCUCAUAUGGGACAACGGUGAGGAAAGCAACCACGAUAACUCCGACUGGUUCAUCGGCCAAGACAUGUAUGAUGUCUUCAAUCGUCUGAAUCCACAACUCAAGACCGGCGAACGCCCAAAAUUUCUCCGGCCAAUUGAGGACAUUCUAGGAGGCGGUAAGACAGAGGAAGUGGCGGAACACGGAAUGGAUGGACGUUGGUACCGGACAAGGUUCCUUCCUAUACUCGGCAAGAAAUCAAAGGAAGGAAUCGUGACAAACGAGACUUGCGUUGAGGGUGUCAUUGGAGUCAUUAUGGAUGUCAGUGAACUCAAGGAAAAGGUAGAGGAUCUUGAAGAGGAGUCCCGGGAGAAGAAGCAAGCGAUGGCGAACGAAGCGGCUGCCAAGGAAGCCAACAGGCUAAAGAGCCAGUUCCUUGCCAAUAUGUCUCACGAAAUCCGGACACCCAUCACAGGUGUCAUAGGAAUGGCCGAGUUGCUUGGCGACAUGGAACUUGAUUCUGAGCAGAUGGAGUACGUUGAGAACAUUCAGAGAUCUGCAAACGCCCUCUUGACUGUCAUCAACGAUAUUCUUGAUUUUUCCAAGGUCGAAUCAGGACGCCUGGACAUCGAAGAGGUCCAGUUCUCAUUAUCAGUAAUUGUGACAGAUGUCGGGAAGAUGCUGAGCUUCGCCGCCGAACGGAAGAAUCUCGACUUCAGGUCGGAUAUUUCGAAAGACAUCGAAAACGACCUCGUCGUCAUUGGCGAUCCCGGCCGUGUUCGUCAAAUCAUCACCAACCUCCUCACCAACAGUAUCAAGUUCACCAACCAAGGGUAUGUCAAAUUCUCAGUCCAGAAGGAGAAGGAGACUGCGGACAGCAUCAUCGUCAAGUUUAUUGUUGAAGACAGCGGUAUCGGCAUUGAAGAGGAGGUUCGGAAGAAGCUUUUCCAACCAUUCAGCCAGGGUGAUGCAUCCACGGCUAGGAAAUUCGGCGGAACUGGUCUGGGCCUCACUAUUUGCAAGAAUUUGCUCGACCUCAUGCACGGAGACAUGACUCUAGAAUCGUCGCUCGGCAAUGGAACCGUCGCAACUUUCUGGGUCCCCUUCAGUAAGCCUCAGGGGCGACAAGCUGGCAAGCCGAUUGUGGAGAUUGGCUCGCUUCCGGACCGAUUACAGUCUGAGAUGAGCGUCUCUUGCAACAGCUCAGAAUUUGAGCAAUUAAUCAACACGCCUCCAGCUUCUGGAGAGUCAUCGCAAUUCUUGACCGACAAACACAAGUCCCCUUCCCGCCGACUAUCUGUGCGAACUCCACCAGCUUCCGAUGAGGAAAUGUUGCCAGCCGCCGAACGCGCCAAGAUUCAUGUAUUGGUGGUCGAAGACAAUGCCAUCAACCAACAAAUCGCCACCAAAACGAUUAUGAAGCUUGGAUUCAAGGUGACUGCGGCGUGGAACGGCAAGGACGCGCUUGAGUACAUGGCUGCGGCAAAGGAAGGCAAGCACGCGAAGCCGGACAUCAUACUUAUGGACGUGCAGAUGCCCGUCAUCGACGGCUACAAGUGCACGCACCUUCUUCGUCACCAUGUGCCAUACAAGACUUACGUGCGAGACAUUCCCAUCGUCGCAAUGACAGCUUCGGCGAUCCAAGGUGACAAGGAAAAGUGCACGAAAGCUGGCAUGGACGAUUACCUUUCCAAGCCCGUCAAAAGCAAGACGCUCGAAAGAAUGUUGGUGAGAUGGAGCCUGGCAAAACGACAGCAAGGAACGACGCAGAAGGGUUCGGAUGGCUCUCUUUCCGACUGCUCAGACACUGCUGAACAUUGCAGCAAUGCAGACAUCCCAGGCGUCGAACACGACCAUGGCGACUCCACAGGCACCUUGAAUGCCAUUACGAAGGAGGCGGAGAACAAGAAGCAGGAUCCCGAGAAGGAGGACCGGGGUGAUGUGGCUACACCAAGGCCUCUCACGAGGAAUAACUCAUAUGAACCUUCACCGUUUGACUCACCAGGCGUCAAUUCCAAACCAAUCCGCCGAUCAGAGACAGACGAGCUCGCUCUGCAAGCUCAAGCCGAUAAGUUGAUGGAUGCUGCCGGCGGGAAGAAGCUCGAGCGACGCGGUGCAUCGUUCCAGACGGUCAUUGCCGGUGACACGGGUGACUCCCUCACUGAAGAGAACGUUGAAAAGUUGGAAAAGGAAGAAAAGAAGCGAAGAUCUUAG